UCAUAUGUUCAUAAUGAUGAUACGGCUAGAAGCAAGCUUGAUCCAAAAUCAAAGAAGUGUUACUUUAUUGGCUAUGGUGACACCGAGCUUGGUUACCGAUUUUGGGAUGAACAAAAUCGGAAGAUCAUCCGAAGCAGGAAUGUUGUCUUCAACGAAGAGGUGCUGUACAAAGACAAGUUGCAAAAAAAUUCAGAAUGUCAGGACAAGGAAUCGGAAAUAGUCGAUUUGAGGGACUUCCCGACACCUGAGCCGCAGCCAGGUACAGCCGAGGCAGAGGAACAAACAAUCCGAGAAGGUGCUGAUGAAAGUGCUGAUUCUGAAACAAAUGAACAGACGCCAAUCACAGAACUGCGUAGAUCAUCCAGGAUCAGGAAGCCGCUUCACAGGUACUCUCCAUCCCUCAACUACAUUCGACUCACUGAUAGAGGGGAGCCGGAAUGUUAUGAAGAAGCAAUGCAAGUCGAUGAAUCGACUAAGUGGGAGCUGGCAAUGAAGGAUGAGAUGGAUUCACUAUCGGCAAAUCAUACAUGGGAAUUAUCCGAGUUGCCAAAGGAUAAGAAGGCAUUGCAAAACAAAUGGGUUUAUCGGAUAAAGGAAGAACCCAAUGGAAGCAAGCGUUAUAAAGCAAGGCUGGUUGCAAAGGGAUUUCAACAGAAAGAAGGCAUCGACUAUACGGAGAUCUUCUCUCCCGUAGUCAAGAUGGUGACUAUCAGAACUGUUCUUGGACUGGUAGCAAAGGAAAAUCUACAUCUGCAACAGAUGGACGUGAAAACUGCAUUUCUUCACGGUGAUCUAGACGAGGAAAUCUACAUGCGACAACCGGAGGGAUUCAAAGUCAAAGGAAAGGAGAAUCUGGUGUGCAAACUUCAAAAGAGUCUGUACGGACUAAAACAGGCUCCAAGACAGUGGUAUUUAAAGUUUGACAGCUUUAUGAAGAAAGCUGAUUUUUCAAGGUGCGAGGCAGAUCACUGCUGUUACUUCAAAAAAUUUGAAGACUCGUACAUGAUACUGCUACUCUAUGUCGACGACAUGCUAAUCGUAGGAGCAAACCUACAGGAGAUUGAUCGGUUGAAAAAAGGGUUAUCGGAAGAGUUUGCAAUGAAGGAUUUGGGAGCUGCAAAGCAAAUCCUUGGGAUGAGAAUCGACCGAAGCAAGGAGGGCAUUAAACUCUCACAAGAAGAAUAUGUGAGGAAAGUUAUCAAAAGGUUCAACAUGCAUGAUGCCAAGCCAGUCAGCACUCCCUUGGCUGGACACUUUCGGUUGUCAAAGGAUCAGUCGCCGACAACCGAGGAUGAGAAGAAGCAGAUGGACAAGAUACCUUAUGCAUCUGCAAUCGGUAGUCUUAUGUAUGCAAUGAUAUGUACAAGGCCAGACAUUGCACAUGCAGUGGGACAGCUUCCUCUUGUGGUAGAUUGGGCAAUUGGUAAGGAAACAUGUGAAAUAGCUAAGAAAAAAAAGACUGCAUACGCAUGUAAGAGUAACAACAGUAAUUGUCAUUAUAAUUCAACUGGAUAUCGUUGUUUCUGCAUGCACGGAUAUGAGGGGAAUCCAUACUUGGAAGAUGGUUGCCUAGAUAUCAACGAAUGUAUAGAUCGGAAAUCAGAUUAUAGGUGUGCCAAAGAUGCCAUUUGCAAGAAUACAGAAGGGAACUAUACAUGCACGUGCCCUCCAGAUUUCAGUGGUGAUGGUACUGAGUGCAGUCGUAACAAUCCUCAGAGAAAAAUUCGUGAUAAUCUUUUUAUAGGUGUCACAGUAGGGGCUGCUUUUCUGAUUCUUAUAGUUUGUGGCUGGUCAUACACUGGAUUCCAAAGGAGAAAGAUGUUAAUGAUGAAGAAGAAGUUUUUCCAAGAAAAUGGUGGAUUAGUUCUACAGCAACGACUCACCGGGCAAGAGGGAUCAAGUAAUACUAACACAAUAAAGAUUUUAACAGCGGAAGAGCUAGAAAGGGCAACUAAUGACUUUGACAAAGAUAGAGUUAUUGGUCAAGGAGGUUAUGGAACUGUGUACAAAGGAUAUCUGAAAGAUAAUCGCAUCGUUGCCAUCAAGAAAUCGAAGGUAAUUGAUCGCAAUCAGAUUGAGCAAUUCAUAAAUGAAGUCAUUGUCCUCUCCCAAAUCAACCAUAGGAAUGUGGUUAAGCUCUUAGGUUGUUGCCUAGAGACAGAAGUUCCACUAUUGGUGUAUGAAUUUAUCAACAAUGGAACACUUUCUGAACAAUUACAUGAUAAAGUAAAGGCCUCCACUCUUUCUUUGGACAUUCGUCUGAGAGUUGCUGCAGAAACUGCUGGAGUACUUUCAUACUUGCACUCAGCCGCUUACCCUCCUAUCAUCCAUAGAGAUAUCAAGUCUGUCAACAUUCUUCUAGACAAAAGCUAUACAGCCAAAGUGUCUGAUUUCGGAGCAUCCAGAUUGGUUCCUGCUGAUCAGACAGAGUUAUCUACAUUGGUUCAAGGAACUCUAGGAUAUCUAGAUCCUGAAUACUUGCAAACAAAUCAAUUAACUGAAAAAAGUGAUGUAUACAGUUUCGGAGUAGUGCUUGUAGAGCUCCUAACUGGGAGAAAAGCUGUACGUUUUGAUAGACCCGAGGAAGAGAGAAAUCUAGCUAAAUAUUUCACAUCUUCAGUGGAGAAGGGUCAUUUGUUUGAUAUUCUAGAUGCCAAUAUAGUUUGUGAUGAGAGAAGUACAGGGCAAUUGAAAAAAGUUGCUAUGCUUGCACAGAGAUGCUUAAAUGUUAAAGGAGAGGAUAGACCUACAAUGAAGGAUGUUGCAGCAGAAUUGGAAGCUGGAUCGAGAUUGAAGCACUCAUGGGCUCUAACUGAUCAAAAUUCGGAGGAGACAGAAUCCUUACUGCAGCCGUUGGGAUUUGGAUACGAACAAAGUGAACGCAGUAUCCAUAUUGAUAGCAUAACGAGCCAUAUGUCUUUACCACUUCCUGGAGGAAGGUGAUCGAUCAUGCAUGCACGGCUUCAACAUGGCUUUCUUUCUCUUUUGGGCACGUUAGAAAUAGUAAUUAAUUAUAUUUAGUUUUAUCUUUUUCAUUUGUCCAAAGAUAAUAAAUUUUAGUAACAAAUUAGUGCCAAGUGCUGUUAUUUAUGUAUCCUGGUAAUUGUCUGCAUAUUUUUAUGCAUUUC